GAGAGAGGUUUGCUCUGAUAUAGGUGUUGGGCAGUGGUGGUUUCUGGUUUUUUGUUGUUUGAUUGAGUGUAAGUUCAUGAAAAAUUAGAUGAGCACCUCCAAAUUCAUCAAGUGUGUGACUGUGGGAGACGGGGCGGUGGGCAAGACAUGUCUCCUCAUCUCCUACACCAGCAACACCUUCCCUACUGAUUAUGUGCCCACUGUGUUUGACAACUUCAGUGCAAAUGUGGUGGUUGAUGGCCAAACUGUCAAUCUUGGUCUAUGGGACACAGCAGGUCAAGAAGACUAUAACAGGUUAAGGCCACUUAGUUACAGAGGGGCCGACGUCUUCCUUCUGGCUUUCUCUCUCAUUAGCAGGCCCAGUUUUGAGAAUAUAGCUAAAAAGUGGGUCCCUGAGCUGAGACACUAUGCCCCAUCCGUUCCCAUAGUUCUUGUUGGCACAAAACUAGAUUUAAGGGAUGACAAACAGUUCUUGUUCGAUCAUCCCGGUGCAACUACCAUAUCAACAGCACAGGGUGAAGAACUGAAGAAGCAAAUUGGUGCUUCAGCCUAUGUGGAGUGUAGCUCCAAAACACAGCAGAAUGUGAAGAGUGUUUUCGACGCUGCGAUUAAGGUGGUACUUCAGCCACCCAACCCAAAGAAAGAGAGGAAAAGGAGGAAGAUUUGCUACAUUCUCUGAUCCACCUCCUAAUUUGCUAAGUGAAUACAAACAAAAUGAAGUGAAACAGUGGUUUCUGAGAUUGUGUUCUAUGAUUUCAUUCAUUCGGUAUUUCAAUGUGUCUGACAUCUGGCUUUCUCAAGUUUUUGUACUCAAUAAAACAUGUCUGUCUUUGUAUUUAA